GGUUUGAUUUUAUAGUUUGUAGUAUUGGCUUUCCGAACUUCCCUUCUUCAGGAAAAGUAGUUUCCCCUCCUCUAGAUUUAAGUGAAAAUCCCCAUCAGCUGACUCAUUGCGCCGAUUGUUGUUAGCUUCUGAUGUAGACUUUGUUAUCUUUUUGAUAUUGACACUGCAACUGACAGCGUCUUUUAUUCGUGGUUUUUAAGUGGACAUUAAGUUGUUGAAAUGUUUCGCUUUUCUUUAUAUUUGGUGUUAAUAUUUGUUGCUUUGGCAUUGAGUAAGCAAUUAGUGCGGGUGCCGCUGUACCGCACGGAGUCUGCGCGGCGCACGCUCGAGGCCGUGGGCACACACUUGCAACAGCUGAAGCUGCGCUACGGGGGCCCCACGCCGGAGCCCCUCUCCAACUACCUGGACGCGCAGUACUACGGCCCCAUCAGCAUCGGCAGUCCCGCGCAGAAGUUCCGGGUGGUGUUCGACACGGGCUCUUCCAACCUGUGGGUGCCGUCCAAGAAGUGCCAUUACACCAACAUCGCCUGCUUGCUUCACAACAAGUACGACAGCUCCAAGUCGUCGUUGUACCACGAGAACGGCACGGAGUUUGAGAUACGCUAUGGCUCGGGGAGCCUGUCUGGCUUCCUGUCCCAGGACGUCGUCAAUGUGGGGGGCCUGGCGGUGCGGGACCAGGUGUUCGCGGAGGCGCUGAGCGAGCCAGGUCUGGUGUUCGUGGCGGCCAAGUUCGACGGCAUCCUGGGCAUGGCCUACAGCUCCAUCGCCGUGGACGGGGUCACCCCGGUCUUCUACAACAUGUACAAGCAGGGGCUGGUGGCCCAGCCCGUCUUCUCCUUCUACCUGAACCGGGACCCCGCCGCCCCGCUGGGGGGGGAGAUCAUCCUGGGAGGCUCCGACCCGCAGCACUACUCCGGGGACUUCGCGUACGUGCCUGUCGACAGGAAGAUGUACUGGCAGUUCCGCAUGGACCGACUGGUGGUGGGCAACAUGACCAUGUGCUCGGCCGGCUGUGCGGCCAUCGCAGACACCGGCACCUCGCUCAUCGCCGGCCCCGUCGACGAGGUGACCAAGCUCAACCAAGCCAUCGGCGCCACGCCCAUCGUGGGCGGGGAGUACGUGGUUGACUGCGCGCUGAUCCCUCAGCUGCCGAGCAUCGACGUAGUGUUGGGCGGCCGGCCCUUCGCCCUGGAGGGCAAGGACUACGUGCUCAGGGUGUCGCAGCUCGGCAAGACCAUCUGCCUGUCGGGCUUCAUGGGCAUCGACAUCCCGCCCCCGCACGGCCCCCUCUGGAUCCUGGGAGACGUCUUCAUCGGGCGCUUCUACACCGAGUUCGACAUGGGCCAGAACCGCGUGGGCUUCGCGGUGGCCGCCUGAGGACGACUCGCGUGGUUUCACCCCUACGACAUGUUUUAGCAAUUAGUCCACUUACGGACAGCAAAAAAGGCACUGUUCACUUUUACUUAAAUAUGUUUAUAUCAUGUGAGUUGGUGAAAAUAAGAAUAACUUUUAUGAUGUAUCAUAACUGAGGCCAGUGAAACAAGUUAAGAAGUGUGAGCUUGUCCUGUGUUCCUGUUGCAUCCAUGGAGCUGUGUUCUUAAUGGAAAUAAAGAAGUCCCGUGUU